CAGAGUCUAUCCUUAUCUCUCCGUUUCCAAGAGAGACUGAAGAAGAUAUUUUGUGAGAUGUUGGCGAGAGCUCCACCUCCGUCAGUUACUUUUCCGGCGAGGAGUAAAGUUUGUAAUCGGAGAGAGAUUGUGCGGCUGUUUCGUUACGGCGGAGGAACGAGAGCCGGAUUCACUCGUUCAUGCUCGAAUGAGGUCGUUAGCGACUCCACCGAUGAUGGAUUCAUCGUAAUCAAAGCUGAACACCACGAGAAGGAGCUCUAUCCUCCGCCUCCGUCCGAUUUAGCCUCCUCGAUUCCGUCAGAAUCUUCGAGAAGAGAUGGUUCGCGUUCGAGAGGAGUAACCGCGAGCUUCGGAAGGCUAAAGGCGCAGAAAGUGAAAGCUCUUGUUGGUAAGGUAACGCAGAAGAAGCAGCAAGUGAGUCGUAAUGAGGAAGAAGAAGACGAGGAUGAUGAUGUUUUUGAGGAUGAAGAGUUUGGUGGAUCAUCAAUUCUUGAUUUGAUGAGGAAGAAGUUGGCUAUGAAGGACCUACCUAGUUCAGGAAAAUCUUCAGAGGUGAAAAGAUUCAGCAGAGUGCAGGAAUCUAGAGAGCAGAGAGAUAGAGAUAGAUCUCAGACUAAUGAGAGAGAUUCAAACGGUUAUGCUGCUAACUCCAGGGGUAGAGGAGAUAGGCCUUCGCUUGCGAAAGAUUUAGAUACAUUCAAGGGGCGUGACAGAGCUGUUGGUGAGGUUUCAAAGUUUAGUGAUAACGAAAGAGCAGGAUCGAGGAGUUCAUAUUCAAAAGACUCUGCUGCUAACUCUAGGGGUAGAGAAGAUAGGCGUUUUGUUAACAAAGAGUCAGAUACAUAUCAGAGACGUGAUAGAGCUACUACGGAUGAGUUUUCAGAUUCUCGGUAUUUCAAUGAUAAUGAGAGAGGAGGAUCAUAUUCUUCAUAUUCAAGAGCUUCCGCUGGUAACUCCAGGGGGUGGGGUGAUAGGCGUUCUGUUGUGUACGCAAGAGAUAUUGAGGAUUGGAGAGAGAGAGGGAAUAGAACCAAAGCUACUAGGGAGACCGGGUUCUUUAGCCGCAAAAGUUUUGCAGAGGUUGGAUGCAGUGAGGAUAUGACGAAGGCCUUAAAGGAGAAUAAUUUUGAUCGACCGGCUCAUAUUCAGGCUCUGGCUUUUGCGCCAGUUGUUGAUGGAAAGAGUUGUAUCAUAGCUGACCAAAGUGGUUCAGGCAAGACACUGGCAUAUCUUGUUCCUGUUAUUCAGCGUCUCAGGGAAGAGGAACUCCAAGGACUGAGCAAGUCGUCUUCUGGUUGUCCUCGUGUGAUUGUUCUGGUACCAACCGCAGAGUUGGCUUCCCAGGUUCUUGCCAACUGUAGAUUAAUCUCAAAGUCUGGGGUCCCGUUCCGUUCCAUGGUAGUGACUGGUGGUUUCAAACAACGAACCCAGCUCGAAAAUUUAGAGCAAGGUGUGGACGUUUUGAUUGCAACACCAGGGCGUUUCACGUACCUUAUGAAUGAAGGAAUGUUGGGGCUGUCAAAUUUGAGAUGUGCCAUAUUAGAUGAGGUGGAUAUACUCUUUGGCGACGAGGAGUUUGAGUCAGCCCUGCAGAAUCUGAUCAGUUCUUCCCCUGUGACUGCGCAAUAUCUGUUUGUUACGGCAACCCUGCCCCUUGAGAUAUACAACAAACUUGUUGAAGUUUUCCCUGAUUGUGAAGUUGUAAUGGGACCUCGCGUGCACCGUGUUAGCAAUUCCCUCGAAGAGGUUCUAGUUGACUGCAGUGGAGAUGAUAAUGCAGAGAAAACUCCUGAAACUGCUUUUCAGAACAAGAAAGCUGCUCUACUUCAGAUUAUCGAGGAGAACCCUGUUGCCAAGACUAUCAUCUUUUGCAAUAAGAUUGAGACAUGUAGGAAAGUUGAGAACAUAUUCAAGCGGCUUGAUAGAAACGAAAGGCAGCUGCACGUGCUACCGUUUCACGCAGCACUCGCACAAGGUGCAAGGCUUACAAACAUGGAAGAGUUCACCUCAUCUCAUCCCGAAAAUCAUUCACUGUUUCUGGUCUGCACGGAUAGAGCUUCUCGUGGGAUAGAUUUCUCCGGUGUUGAUCACGUGGUGCUGUUUGAUUUUCCGCGUGACCCGAGUGAAUACGUAAGACGUGUUGGAAGAACAGCGAGAGGGGCUAGAGGAGAAGGAAAGGCUUUCGUCUUUGUGGUGGGGAAACAAGUAACGUUGGCACGGAGGAUCAUUGAAAGGAACCAGAAGGGUCAUCCGGUUCAUGAUGUCCCAAACGCUUACGAGUUCACAACCUGAACUUUAGGUGAACUCUUCGUGGUAUCCUUCCCCUUAUUGCAAUCUCUCUGUGUUGAGAGAAACAAGAAAGGUCUUUCGGUUCAUGAUGUCCCAGAUGCUUACUGACAAGAACGUACUAAUUACGAUACAACUGGCGUCUAGUAAUUCCUUUUUGAUGUAAUGUUUGUAAGCAUUCUAAUGGGCACCUAUUGGGCCGUUUUGGCCUUAAGUUACAAUUUUUCUGUAUUACAUACUAUAUUCCAAAAUUCAGGAAAAAGUGCCAGGCAUGCAGGAUUUGAAAA